AUGGACACGCGGGCGCUGGACCCCGCAGCGAGGCUGCUCUGGGACGCAGCAGAAAAUUUAUUUCAAGAACUUCAAGAACAUUUUCAAGCCCUGACUACAACAUUAAACUUCAGAAUGGAAGAAAUGGGGAAUCGUAUUGAGGAUUUACAGAAGAAUGUAAAUGACUUAAUGGUACAAGCUGGGAUCCAAAGUCCUGCUAAAGAACAAGUGGUAAGAUCAUUGCAGUGA